GACCCCUGUGUCAAGCGCUUCCGGUUCCGGGGUAGCGGCGGGGGCCGAGAGGGUUCGGGCCGCUGUUUGUAAACUUGUCUCCCGGGGGAGCGCACGGAGGCGACGGCGGAGCCUGGAGCCCGCAGCGGCCGAGCCAGGCUCCAGAGAAGUGUCUGCAGUGAUAUCGAGGCACGGAGAUCAACCCCCUUUAUCCAGCAUCCAUCCAGAAGCAGGGCUAGGGUUGGGAUGACUCAUCUGUAAAAGCGGUGCAGUCAGUUACCUUCCCGUCUAGCUUCUCCAGCUCUCGGCAGCGCUUGGGGAAGAUUCCCUUAGAACGCCACACACGAUUCCAGGCGCUCAGAAUCCAGAAAGAUGUCGGCAAAGUGGAGGGUACUGGACAAGACCGGCAAAAAAUGAUUAACUGAAAAAAAAAAAUCUUUCUAAUCGUAAAAUUCUUUCCCGGGAGAGAAUUAAGGCUAAAGAAUUGUUACAAUCCGUUUGUUGAGGACAGACAGACAAGAUGGCUCAGGCGAGUCUCCUGGCCUGCGAGGGCCUCUCUGGGGUGUGCCUCGUGCCAACUGUUGCCAGCAAGAAGAUGAUGCCAAAACAGAGCUCCAAGCAGACCGAGAAUGGAGAGAGAGGGAACAGCGCGAACAUGCUGGGUCUCCGCCAGGAGAGCGAGAAAUCUCGCAGCCGUAAAGAGGAAGAGCCGGCAGAAGCAUCACAGCCGAAAAAGACCAUUAAAAAGGUGAUGGUGAUUGAGCAGAACGGCUCCUUCCAGCUGAGAAUCCCCAAGAACUUUAUUUGCGAGCACUGCUACGGAGCCUUUCGGAGCAGCUACCAUCUCAAGAGACACAUCCUCAUCCAUACUGCCCCUUCUGCUCUUUCCCAGGUGAGAAGCCGUUCGAGUGUGAUCUGUGUGACAUGCGCUUCAUCCAGAAGUACCACCUGGAGCGCCACAAGCGCGUGCACAGCGGCGAAAAGCCCUACCAGUGCGAGCACUGCAUGCAGAGCUUCUCCAGGACAGAUCGGCUGCUUAGACACAAACGAAUGUGCCAGGGCUGCCAGACCAAAACCCCCGACUCGCAGCUGCUGCUUUAGGAGCCAGGGCGAUGCAUCGGAGAAGCUAGGAAGUGGACAGGAUUUUCAGUUUUCUGUGUCUGGUUUUUGCCUGCUCCUGCUCCCCCGGUCAAGGUGGGGACAGCGCUGAGGACUCUCCUAGACUCUCAGAUGGGGUCCUGACACUGUAAAUAAGACGAGGAUGAUCUGGAAUCUCUACCCAACCAGCAGAAGCCACGGGCAGCUGUGUAUAAACCUUCUUUUCCAUUGGUUUGUUUUUGAAGUAUCACCAUUUGCCUCUCAGGAAAGGCUUCGGGGGACAACAGGGCAAAGCUAGCGACACUCACCUCAAACUCUUAACACUUGCCAUCACCUGACCGACCAGCUCACGCCCAGGUAGAGCUCACAGGUAUGAAAUACAGCGGGGUGGAAAUCAACCAUGUUGUUCUUUUGACUCUUUUUUUUUAACCAGUCUCACCGGAAGAGACCAACAAAGCAGUGGAUUAUAAGAGGCAGCUGUGGAGGAUUUUGGUUCAGGCGUGAAAUGCAGGAGCUCAUCUCAGCCGAGAGCUUGGUUAUGAGGUCUGCGGAGCUUUUAUUUCUAGAGCGUCUGAUUUUGUAACCGAGUUUCCUCCUGCUCUUUCCACCUCAAGAAACGAGCGGGGAGGAGAGCGCACUGUUGGAGGGGGGAGGGUAGCGGUUGAAACUCUUGUGACACCCAGCAGCUGGUGCGAUCAGUGUCCUAGGAAAUGGUGUUGUGUGAGCUGCUGCUGGAUAUGUGGCCUGGGUGAACCCGCAUGGCAUUGUCUGAACAUAUCCCUUAGCAACACCCAAACCCCUGAUGACAGGCAGUGCUUUGGGGCAUACAGCCCAUGGCUGUGGGGGACGGCUCCUGCCAGAGGCUGCCCUCCUUCCUUGGCCCCAGUGUGUGUGUAUGUGAGGAUGCUUGGGGUGAUCACAUGACCACACGUCCCUAUUCCCCCUGGAAUUCAGAUCCUAGUCUGGUUCAUGGCAGCAGCCCAUCAUCUGGCUUUCUCAGAAAUGCUCUAGCCUCAAACGCUGCCGGGAUUGGCUCACGCUCGGGAAGGCUUUCAGUUGCUUUGCAGUUCGGGAGAAGAUCCACCCCUUUGUUUGACCCUGAGGGCUGGCCAGGAAUGGAUCUUUGCAGUGUCUGGUGUGGAUUUGGGGGGGAAUUUAACCCACUGUCAGAUUUCACUUUCAUUAAAUCGGUGCCCUGUCCACUUGGGGGUGGACACCGCUUAAAUAAACCGUGAUCUUCUCUGGCAACUCUCCAGUGGCCCAGGAGCAACUGCACAGUUCAGGGGGAGCUGGAAACAGCUGAAGGGACCUGCAGGGAAAGGCAGUUAAACUUCCUCCUGUGGAAGAAACAGAAACCAUGAGCAUGAGGGAGGGGGCCAGGCUCCGCAGCCGCUCUCAGGAACCCUGGUUGUUGCAGGCCAGAAAAAGCCUGUUACCAAAGCGUCGACUCUGCCUCCCCAAAUUCCCCUCUUGGCUCCCAACGCACGUUGGUGCCCUGCCUCUGAAAGCUCAGGCCCAGCUAGUGUCGGCUAAAGAUCCGUCCUUUCCCGGCGGGGAACAGAUGUGUGAGGAAGGAGGAGGCUGUUCAUGUCUGCGCACAGCAGUAUAUUGGCUACUUCCUGCUCAGUGCUCUGCUGGGAGCCCCACCCCGAUGUCCCUGGUUGCAUAGCCUAGGUCUAGCUAAGCUUGGUGUCUGGGCACAGCAGCUGGCAUCGCCGCAGCUCAGGAUCUCCUGGUUCUGCCCCAAGAUGUCACUCGGUGCCCUGGUAAUUGUUCUGGGGUGGGGGGGAGCAGGGCACAUGGGACAGCCAGAGUCUGGACUCAGCUUUCUGAGCAUCAGUGACCCUGGAGCAAAGCGCCCUUGGGAAAUGACCCAAAUGCUCUUUAAAAUGUCAGUGGCUCUGUCACUUAGUUCAAAUCAUGUGCCCCCCACCCCCCAUUGCCCUCCAUGUAGCUAGCUACGUUCCGAAAUAAAAUCCUCUCUGUAGCAGCCUCUCCCAGCAGCAGAGCGCACUCUGCACCGGUGCAGCCUGGCCUUGUCCGGCGAAGGUAGAUACUGCCCAAGUUUAGCUUAGGCCAGCGGGGACGCUGCUCAUGUUAGAAGUCGACCUUCUGUCUGUUUAUCUCACUGCGCCAUUCCUUUGGGUCUCCAGGUCCCUUCAGACUCCCUUCCCCCACGGGUGCUCCUCCUCCUCUUCUCUUCUUCCCCCCCCCCCCCCCCCCCAAAAAAAAGAGAGAUACGAAUGUGUUUCUAUCUUGAAUUUCCCCCCCAUUCCUCCCCCUUCAGCCAUAUAUCUCUGUGAGACACUCUGCCAGGGGAGAUUUGCAAUGCAUCCUGCUGCCAGAUUCUGCUCUGCUUUCCCCCGGCUCUCAAAGCCAGUUUCCAAAGAGAACAGAGUUCUGUCUCUCUUCCACAGGCCCCGCACAGGACAGGGCAGCCUGGCUUGGCCUGAUGCAUCCUUGCUUGGUUCUUUUGUAGAAUUUCGCCAGCGGCAUGCUCCCUGCACCUGCAUGCCGGAUACACCAGUAUGAAUGCUGUACUUCAUCCAGAUCUCUCCCCGGCGGAGUACCACAUCUGUAUAUGCACUGCGGUCUCCGUUGGGGAACGGCUAGAGUGGAACCUGGUAGCCUGAGUUGUCUUUCCCAGGUGUCAAUCACUACCCUUCCUGCUGAGUCCAUCUGGCGCUGUGAGUUCAGGGCACCUGAGCGACUUAAACCCUGAAAUCACAAUGGUCCAACUUCCUGCUUGCAUCUAACAUGCUUUGUUGCCGUAGAGAGUUGGAAGAGGUUAAAUGGGCAUCCUCCGCCUCUUGGCCUGCCCACGCCGUCAGACAAACGCAGGCGCCGCUUGUAACCGCACAGGAUGGAAGUGCGGAGUGUUAGUUAACGACGUUACGUGAUCAGUUCCUGCUGCCUGUUAGAGGCCAAGGCUCCCCUUUGAGACCAUUUCAGAAUGGUUCAUUUUCGGUGCCAUUUGCGUGAUUCUCUGCCAGGCCCCUGCAGCCUCGGCUUAGAAUUGUUCCUUUUCAGUCUCCCUACCUGAGAAAAUCACACUCUGUUGUACGUCUGGCGCUUCUGGGUGGUGUCUGGAAUUGAAGCAUAGGCUGCUGGCGCCUGGGAGGGCUGUUAGACUGCGGCAUAGUCUCGUCAAGGAAGUGCUGAAAGCCCUGUUGAUUCUGUCACUCAGAAUCACACUAGGCAAAGUGUCUGGCUCUGUUGUGGGGAGCAAUGGGAUGGGUGACUGGCUAGCUUCUCAGCUGGGAGUUCCACAUUGCAGGGAAGGAGACGUUCAGGACGCUUCCACCACAGGCUCAUGGCCUAAGCUGCCCUGGAUAGGAGAGGGGACGGCUGUUUGAACGGAGCUGGGCCUUGCAACCUGGCAGUGGGGCGCAAGGUCGAGGGAGUGUCGUAUGGAAGCAGCUUCCCGGCAAACCACUGGUGGUUACCCCGUCAGGUCAAAGCCGAUUGAGAAGGAGAGACGAGUCACUUUUGCACGAGUCUUUCCCUGCUCUCUCCCUUUCACCGAUGAUGGAAUUUAAAGGAACUCUCAACUUUUCCUGCCCCUCAGAGAAGCUAAGACUCUUUCCACCUUUUUACCCUCUUUAUUUGGUAAAAGGUGAUUCCCAGCCACCCACGCCCCCAUGUUGUGGUGAAGGGAGCCGAAACCAGCAGUGACAUGCAGCUUUGCCUAGCCCCUUAUCGUGUCAAAACAUCAGCAUCACUGAUCAUCAGCACAGCUGUGGGACUAGUAUCUGGCUCCUGCGGAGAGUUGGCCUGUCGUUCUGUCGGGCCCCCAGAAAUCCUGGCUUUUUAAAAGCUACCUCGUUGACUGUGUCUCACGUCUGUAGAACUGGGUUUCAUGGGUGGGGUCAACACUGAACGCCUGGAGGUGGUGAAGUAUCUUGGCGUGGCGAAUGUCACCAGAAAAGCCUUUAAUCCUAGAUUUAAGAUUCUCUUCCGAACAGGCGUGAUCUGCUGUUCAGCCCUGGCUCCUUGUGCUCUGUGGCAAUAAUGGCUGAAAUGGGAUGUCCCGUUGUGUGUUUGGUGUCACUAUUCUCCUGUUCCUACCCAACGAGUAAGGCAAUCGACUGGAAGUCAGAAGGUCGUGGGUUCUAGUCCCAGCUCUGACGCCGACCUUGGGCAAAGGACUGCUCAGUAUCUGUGUUCUCCCUGCGCUAAUUGUACUGACUCACUUUUGCAGAGAGAAGUAUGAAGUUUUACUCUUGGAACACGAAUCUUCUGUGUAAAACUGCUGACGGUGGAUCUUGGGGUGUUGGCUGUGACGUGAACAUUGGUUGGGUGCCUGUUACAGUCUGGCAGUACUUCUGCCCAGCACAAGGGGGCAGUACAAGCUAUCCUGUAGGACUACUGGCAAAAGGGUGUUGGCAAACAGUUAGUUCGGUUAAACCAGAUGCUGGUUUAGAGGACAAAUUAACUCACUCUUGGUUUUGAACUUUCAUAGCGGAUGGAACACCUGUGGUCUGGGGCAGAGACCCCUAAAUGAUGGGUGGGAACCUUGCUGCUCAGAACAUCUGAGGGCCUGAAGCUGCCUGCGUUCAGCGUUGCAGAGUUUUGGUGUGUGUGGCUGGGGAUUUUCUCAAAAGCUGUUUUUUUGACCUGCAGAGCUACUGGCGUCACUGCUGCUACAGAGAGUCCUUUGAGUAGCUGAUGCGUGCACACUGUGUGCUAUAGAAAGGGUUCAUCUGUCUAGCUGAUGCUGCAGGUUGGCAGUGCACUAUAGAAACUGCAGCUGUUUUGAAGCCUGAAGGUCCCAGCUGCCUUUUUCUAAACUGUCUCGGCAGAGGUAUUUCAAUUCCCAGUAAUAAGUACAGAUCUGGGGCUAAGAGGCUUAUUGGGUUCACAUACGGCUCGUGCUCUGCAAACCCCCUCAGCUGAUGCAUGGAAAGUGUUUUCAAUUUUAUAUCCAUAAAUUAGUGACUUAUGAUGAUUUGAACAUUUUUUUUUAUUUUUAAAUGCCCUUAGAAGUAACCUGUCAUGACAUUUCAAAGUGAAUUAAGAUAAAUCGAAUUAAGACCACUUUCGUUCUGAAUAAGAGCAUUCACACAGGGAUUUAAUGCAGUUUAACUAAUUCACUAUAAAUCAGACCUUUUAAUUAGGAUUAAUUUUCCUUAGCGUCCCCGAGCUAUACCUGGGGAUAAAGAGUAAUAUUGACAGAGAUGUUUCGUGACUAUGAGUUUAUUCUUCCUAGCUGGUCUGCAGCCGAAAUAGCAUGAGAAAGGUGGGGGCAGCGAAGCUGACAAGGAACACAACUGAAACUGACUCGAAACAAAAGUUUCCCUGUCUGAGCUGAGUGCAAAAGGGCAGCCUGGCUAGCACCAGCACUCCAAAAUAAAUCUGCUGAAAAUGUGUCAGUUCUAGUGACACGCACAAGACGAUGUUUAAAAUUGGCUGUUAACUUACUGUAGCAAAGAGGCGUGUCAGCACCUCCUCUGUGCUGGAGAGUCCAAGUUAAAACAAUGCAACCCUCCAGUGUAAAUAUAUUAUUCCGGUGCAAUGCGGGGCUUCCCCUGCUUUCAAGCUAGGGUAAACCAGGCUCUUGCAAGCCCCUUACUGUCACAGCGGGGUGCAUUCACAGUAAUGCAGCUGUCCCCAGCCCCGCUGUGGCUGAAAAGCAGAUGAGUUGCAGCGCCAUGGGCGUCAGGCUGGCUGGUUCUCGAGCGGGGGGUGCCAACGGGCACUGCAUCUCCUUGUGCACCCAUGUAAAGCUAAUUUUUCCUGUAGCAUCCAUAUCCACAUGAGCCCGCGGGGGGGGGGGGGCAGUGUCUGUGUUUCAGAGACGGGACCCUACUCUCUAGUGUGCACAGUCUGCUGAGCUUGUAUUCAGCUGUCUUCUCAGGUGAGGCCUGUAUCGGGAACAGCCCAGGGAAGAGGUCAGCUGUAGAACUGUGUUCAUGUGCAUCAUUAGACCUUGAUCUCCAGCCAGAGUGAUUUCCUUCUCCACUGCGUGAGCGUUAAACAC